AUGCAGUUAGUUAUGACAACAACGUUUUUCAGUUACCUUUGCCCAGUCGCAGAGAGGCGGCCGGUUGCUAGUGUUUCAAGGGUAUUCCUACAGCUUGCAGAAGAUACAGCACGAAGUGAUACAGUGGAGGUGCACGAUGGUUCAGCCUGGCACGGCAAGGAGGUGUACCGCGAAGGAACGUUUCUUUGGACAAAACGGGGAGUAAAGCAUCCAUUACUACUUCUAAAUGGAUUCACAUAUAGUUACCAGAAGAAAAACGCCAAUGGAAGAAUAUCCUGGUACUGUUCUCGCAGAUUGAAAGGCUGCAGAGCAUCCGCGAUCAGCUUCGGGACGCGAGCUUUUGCAUACAAACCACAUGAUCACCCACCUCCAAGGCUUCCAGAGAAUUCUGAAGACAUAAUAAAGCCGCUACAAAACUCCUAUUCGUUCUUCGGCAUGCAUACUAAUUCCAUCGGGGAAAGGAAAACAUCCGCUCUUGAUGUACAAGAACCAGACGUACACAUUCAAGGUGAUGUCACAUUCCGGCGUACUAUGGCACUGCUCUCGACGCAUGAGAACUGGAUGCAAGGCAUUCAUAAGAUAUCGAGAUGA